CACGAUGGUCAGCUUCAAAUAUUGGGAUGAGUGUGUUGAUCCUGAGGAUUUGGAAGCAAUGUGGAAUCAACAUGCUGUGAGAAAAGAGUGGACUAAUGUUGGGGAGACUCAAGGACAAAAAGUUCACCUAUCAAGGGAUCCCGAUGGGCAGCCUUAUUUGACACAAACAGAGAUGAGGGCUGUUGCGGAAAUCGUAACUAGCAGACAUUUUGAUACACAUAUAGAGCCGGAGAUGAUUUCUGCUAUUGCAGAACUUGAAAGUAAUAGACAGCCUCUUGCCAUGCAAUAUGAUAAGAAAGCCAAGGUCACUACAGUAGGAAUCAUGCAGAUUUGCCCAACAACUGCAGAGUGGUUGGUCAGGGAAUGUCAUAUUUCAUUAUACAAAGUUGAAGAGGAUCUGGAUAUUCUAUAUAGGCCUUUUGUAAAUGUAUAUUUGGGAGCAACCUACCUUAAAUGGUUAUCAAACUUCGAAAACAAAGUUAGAACUGAAGAGUUUAUCAUCCGUGCUUAUAAGGGUGGUACAAAGAAAGCAACUCAUAAAUCAACCCUACCAUAUUGGAAGCGUUAUCUUUCGGUGAAAGAAACUUCUACACCCAGGUACAGAAAACAUUCUGAUGCUCCUCCAAUUACUCGAACACUAAAUUCAACUACUGCACCAGUUUCAAUAGAUUCAGAGGAUGAUUGCCUAUAUUGGGACUCCAGAGUUUACCCAGAAGACAUGAAACAGAUGUGGAAUUGUCAUGAAAUCUGCAACGAGUGGAAUAAAGCUAAUCAAAAAAGGGGAAAGGUGCUAUUUACCCUUGAUAAUGAGAAGAAACCAUGUCUUACUCGACUCGAACUGAAGACAGUGGCAGAAACGAUUGUUUCCCGGUACUUCAGUACAAAGGGAAUAAAACCAUCAGUACUUUGUGCUCUGGCAGAGAUGGUUAGCAUGCGCUACAUAGACGGGAUCGAAGGACGAAUUGGACUAAUGGGAAUUGACUACUCCACAUCUUUUCGGCUUUAUACAGAAUUGGGGUUCAGGGAUUAUCCGGUUGAUUACGUAGAAGAUCUGACCAAACCAUUUGUGUCCAUGUAUUUCGGCACGGCAUAUUUUUCUUGGUUAUCGAUGUAUGAAGGGAGCGAAAGGAAUCUGCAAUUUACCAUUCAGGCUUAUAUAUCCGGACCGGAAAAGGUAAAUCUUGAAGCGAAAUGUCCGCACUGGGAGAAAUUCGAGCAAGCUUUGACAAUGUAUAAUAUGCGAGACAGGAACGGAGGGAGGUGCACCGUCAUGUGACCUGAUGGAUAUGAUUAUCAUCUGAUCAGAGCAGCUUUCUU